AUGUUUCCCCAACUCAAAGCAAGCCGCCGCAGAGGUCUCCUCUCCGCCGUUCUCCUCUCCACGUCGACCCUCCUCGUCGACCGCGCAUGCGCGUCGCCCUCUCCCGCCACCGCGCCCGUCGAUGAGGCAACCGCAAACACGACCCUCCAGGACCUGAGUCACCUCUACCUCGCCCCCGAGGCCUCCUGCGCCGGCUACGAGGGACAGUGGAACUGCCUCUCGGACAGGUUCCAGCACUGCGCGGACGGGCAGUGGAGCGCCGUUCUGUCGUGCUCCGGCGGGUCCGAUGACCAGGCGGCGGCCGCAGCGUCGUUGUGCAGCCCGCUCGGGAGGACGGACCUCGUCGAUUUCGAGGGGGAGUGUAGUGCAGCCUGGGGCUGGGGAGGAGGCGGCGGCAGCGGGGGGUGGGGAGGAGGGGGCACAAGCUGUAACGGGAACCGAUGCUAUUACGGUGCCGGGGAGAGGCUGGACGUUGAGCGGUGGGUGUAUGUUGCUGUUGUUGGGGCUAUUGUUUUGGGCGUUUGGUGA